UCAUUGAGUUGACUCGACGCAACUCAAGAGCCAAUCCAUUCGGCUUCAGAGAGCUCUUCCAUUUCUAUUUGUUCAACUUUCCCCCUCUUUUCUUGGUUCAGGUAACACAGGCAGGCGGUUUUGUUCUACAUUCGAUAUGGUUGGUAAACACAGUAACGGUGGGAGUAAGAGUGACGAAGAACAAGAAGGGAGAGAGAGGUUUGAUCGAGACGGCAGCAGGAAAGAAUCCAGAUCGAGUACUCGUCCAAGUCGCCGGGAUGAAAGAGAAUCUUCUGAAUCGUCUGAGUCUGAUGAGGAUAGAAAGAAUAGGUCCAAGUACAGAAAGGAGAGGUGGGAGAGGCACGAAGAACAAAGUAACGGUGAGGGGGGUGUUCGAGAGAGCAAAGAUAGACGGGCAAGGGGAGAAGAGAAAGAAUCUAGGGUUAGAGAGGAUAGGGAAUAUCGCCGUCGGGAUUUUGAUCAAGAGGAGAAGAAGUCCGAAUCAGAUGAGGGUAGGGAUAAGGAUAACCGGUCGAAGCAAAGGAGUUCGAGGCGUGAAAGAUAUGCUGACGAGAGGGACCAGAAGAGUAGGGAUGAUGGCGGGGAACGGGAUCGUAGGGAGAGGAGGGAGUCUCGCCGUCGGGAUUCUGAUGAAGAGGAGAUGAGUGCUCGACAUGGUAAUGGCCAUAGGCAACGAGAACCGGAGGAGAGUCGCAGAGAUAGAGAUAGAAGGGAAAGAGACAAAAAAUCGGCAAGGGAAAGGGAUAGAAGAGAUGAUGAUCGGAACCGACGGAGCCAUAGAAGUGAAACGGACUACAGCGAAGCUGACAAACAUCACAAGAAACGGGGAGAGCAGCGUGAGGACCAUAGGCAUUCUAGUGCAAAGGAGGUUAGUGAGAAGAAGGGAGAUGGUAAGAAAAUGGAUGAUUCGGAACCUCAAAAGCCACCCAAAUUGCAAGAUGGAAACUUGAAUUCUGAUUCGGCAAAUUUGGGUCGAAGUGGAGGAGUUUAUAUUCCCCCAUUUAAGUUGGCUAGGAUGAUGAAAGAAGUUCAAGACAAAAGCAGCCUAGAGUACCAGCGGUUGACUUGGGAUGCUCUAAAGAAGAGUAUAAAUGGUCUUGUCAACAAGGUUAAUGCAACUAACAUCAAGAACAUCAUCCCUGAACUUUUUGCCGAGAAUCUUAUUCGGGGAAGGGGACUUUUUUGCCGUUCAUGUAUGAAAUCUCAGAUGGCAUCGCCUGGGUUUACAGAUGUGUUUGCUGCCUUGGUUGCUGUUGUCAAUACCAAGUUUCCUGAAGUGGGCGAGCUUCUUUUGCGAAGGAUUGUGCUACAGCUCAAGAGAGCAUACAAGAGGAAUGACAAGCCUCAAUUACUGGCUGCUGUUAAAUUUAUAGCACAUCUUGUCAACCAACAAGUAGCUCAUGAGAUUAUUGCAUUGGAGCUGCUUACCGUGCUGUUGGAGAAUCCUACUGAUGACAGUGUUGAGGUAGCUGUUGGCUUUGUCAAAGAGUGUGGUUCACUACUGCAAGACCUUUCGCCACAAGGCCUUCAUGGUAUCUUUGAGCGCUUUCGUGGAAUACUUCAUGAAGGAGAAAUAGACAAGAGAGUCCAGUUCUUGAUUGAAGGUCUCUUUGCAAUAAGAAAAGCCAAAUUUCAGGGGUACCCCGCUGUUCGCCCAGAACUGGACCUUGUGGAGCAAGAAGAUCAAUUAACCCAUGAAUUAUCUCUUGAAGAUGAGAUAGAUCCAGAGAUUGCUUUAGAUAUAUUUAAACCGGAUCCACAAUUUUUGGAGAAUGAAAAGCGAUAUGAAGAGUUAAAGAGAAGUAUGCUUGGUGAUGAGUCCUCUGAGGAUGAUGGAGGCACUGAUGCAGCAUCAGAUGAUGAUGAUGAUGAUGAUGAUGACGAGGAGGAGGAAUCUGAUGAAGAGGAAGCACAACAGAUGAAGAUAAAGGAUGAAACAGAGACAAAUCUUGUCAAUUUGCGGAGGACGAUUUAUUUGACGAUCAUGUCAAGUGUUGAUUUUGAGGAAGCUGGCCAUAAGCUACUGAAAAUCAAACUAGAACCAGGUCAAGAGAUGGAAUUGUGUAUUAUGUUGUUGGAAUGCUGCAGCCAAGAAAGAACAUAUCUUCGGUAUUAUGGUCUCCUGGGUCAGCGGUUUUGCAUGAUCAACAAAAUCUACCAGGAAAAUUUUGAGAAAUGCUUUGUCCAUCAAUACUCAAUGAUUCAUCGGCUUGAGACAAAUAAAUUGCGUAAUGUAGCCAAAUUCUUUGCCCAUUUACUUGGAACAUAUGCAUUACCUUGGCACGUUUUGGCCUAUAUACGCUUAACAGAAGAGGACACAACAUCAUCUUCUCGUAUCUUCAUUAAAAUCCUUUUUCAGGAGCUGUCGGAGCAUCUAGGCAUCCGCUUACUUAAUGAGAGGCUUAAUGAUCCUGCGAUGCAAGAAUCUUUUGAAUCUAUUUUCCCAAAGGAUAAUCCAAAGAAUACAAGGUUUUCUAUAAACUUCUUUACCUCCAUUGGUCUUGGUGGCCUGACAGAGAACUUGCGCGAGUACUUGAAAAAUAUGCCAAGGCUUAUUAUGCAACAACAGAAACCAGUGUCUGAAUCAGAGGAUGAAUCGGGCAGUUCAAGUUCAGCUGGUUCUGAAUCGAAGUCUGAUUCAUCCAGUUCAGAUGAAAGUGAAAGUGAAAGCGAGGGUGAGAGUGAAGACGAAAGGGACAGGAGACACCGAAAAAAGAGGAGGAAAGAUUGAUGUUAUUGCCUGCAGCUCCUGGAAAUCAAAUUCUAUGUUCCUGUACUGUACACAUUUUGGCAUUCUCACAGUUAUUCAGUAUCUAAUAAUGCAGUUAGUUGUAACAUAUUGCGGAGUUGAGUUAGCUUUUAUAAAUCAAGAGGCUUGUUUUCUUUA